GUCCUCAAGUUAAGAACGUAGUUGGCGCGCGACUCAGCGUUCAGAUGAGACCGGUUUCGAUGAUGGAACGAAGAAACGAGAUCCGUCAGCCGGUCUCUUAAAAAAAAAAAGGAAAUUUGACAUCAGCGCGAAUUUUUAUCCGCGUAAAAACUGUUUUGUACCUCGAUGGUGCUGACUUGGAUUAUUAUAACUCUACUACUACUGUGACAAGUGAAUAAAUGAUUGUUGAUAUUUAGUGGCUGUGCGAAAUGAUGAAGGAUAUAUAGAUGUGCUCUAGUCAGUGCUGUGAUAAAAACCGUUUUGGAUAGUAGUAUGUUGGAACACAGUGCUAUGUAUCUCAACGUAACUCCUCCUUACGAAGACGACUCGUCUUUCUUUCCAGACUUCUAUACACGGGUUGGCUCGUGUGAGCUCCAAGAGCCGGUGUGGGCAAAAAUGAAUGCUCUCACCGGAAUUAAACAGAAAAGGAAAAAGUCGGACAACAAACCACAAACGCAAAUUAACAAAUGCAAUAAUGAAAAGCGACGCCGAGAGCAAGAGAACAUCUACAUAGAGGAGCUGGCAGAGCUGAUAUCCGCCAAUUUCGCGGACAUGAGCUCGCUCUCGGUGAAGCCGGACAAGUGUGCGAUCCUCCAGGAAACCGUCAAUCAGAUCCGCAGGAUUAAGCAGCAGGACAACAACCAGCAAAUCGCCGAUCCUGUCCAGCAAGGCGAAGUGUCGUCGUCCAGGCCGACGAUUCUAUCAAACGAGGUUUAUGGACCGUUAUUAUUGGAAGCUUUAGAAGGUUUCCUGUUUGUUAUUAAUAGCGAAGGAAAGGUCGAACAUGUAACUGAUAACGUUAUCAACUACAUCAAACACGCCAAGGAUGAAAUUAUAGGGAAGAGCAUUUAUAAUUUUAUGCAUCCUGGGGACCAUACGAAGUUCCAUUCCAAUUUACUGCCCAUGACCAUCGAAUGGGGUAGCGAUCCACCGCCUUCGACUCGGUCCAAGUCCAUCGAUGUACGAUUAUUGGUCAAAGCUUCCGAUGAUUUAGAUGAAACUGUAGAAGAGAAAAAUCAAAGAGUUCCUUGUUACGAGCUUAUGCACAUCUCUUCGACGCAGCUGCGCGAUCACUUGUCCGUUUCCGAAGACGACGGCAGCGACAGCGGUCCUUGUCUACUUUGCGUCGCCAGCCGUAUAUCGCAUCGCGACAAGGCGUCGUGUUAUUUCGAACAGUUCACGACCAAGCUGGACACGAACGGCAAAAUCAUCUGCGUGGACACUUCGGGAGUGUCGGAGGGCGUGUCGCAAGCGCUGCGCAAAGACUUCAAAGGGCGCCUGCUGCGCGAACUGGUGCCCGCGCAGGACGUUUACAAAGUAACUGCGCACCUCAAGGAAACUCUCAGUGCGGGUACUUCUAUUAGUUCGGUGUAUCGUAUACAGGUGGCGCCCGAUAAGUUGGUGCCCGUUCAGACUAAGUCGAAGUUUUUCAAGACGAAUCCGCACGCGAAUAGUGAAGUUACCGAUUUUAUUAUGGCCACGCAUUCGAUUAUUGGUGAUAACGAUAGCUUAGAUCCAGGCGGAGGUAUCGGUGGACCAUUGAUGACCAGCAUAGUCAAUGGGGCUGGACCAGCGUCUCGUAACGGGCCUAGCAAUUCUGAUAACGCGCCUCCCUCUGGGGGUAUAAUUCCGCCGGUUUCGAAUGCGGGUGCUUUCGCCUCGGAGUUUUUAGAAAACGACUUUUCCACACUCGAUUUUCCUAGCACCACGUGGGAACUGGAACCCAGUUGGCCCGACGCUGCCAGACCCAAUUCUAGACAGAGCACGCCUGUAUCUACACCUGCACCAAGGCCACCUAGCAAUCCAUCUUAUAGUAAUGCUCCCACAGUGGCUCAAAGCCCAAUUGCUCAUUAUUCUGCCCAACCUAGUCCAGUCAGUCAGCAACAGAGUAGCAAUUUUAUGUCUUUUGGCAUUAUGGACGAGUACCAAGAGCAAGUUUUCAAUGUCGAAGAUCAAAAAGAGAGCAAGGUUAUGGAUGAGGCUCCUAGUCAUGCCGAACCUCAACGAUUGAGGUCGCUGCUGACAAAUCCGCCUACAUCGAAUGCAAGUAGUAGUAGUUCGCACCAGGACGAAAACCGUGAUAGAAUAUUGAAGGAAUUGUUGAAUCAGCAGGACGAUGAACAGAGCGGAAGGAUGGGAGACGGUAGGAAUAAUAAUGCGAGAGUGAUGAUGCGCCCGAUGCCUGAACCACCGAAAAAUAAUGCCGCUUCAUCGUCCACUGGAAAUGAUAUGCUGAGGAAGCUCUUGAACGACAAAAAUGAUGAAGACGACAUUGAAACGAAAGCGGGUAUGAAAAAGGGCAGCGAGCUGUUACAGCAACUGCUCAAAAAGGAUAGCGACGACGACGAUGAGAGGAAAAAUGAAAAUGGACCUCACGAGGAUGUUUUGCUUAAGACUUUGGGAUUUCCUUCUGGGUCUCCGAGUGGAAAUAAAAGGUCUAUGGAUAAUAAGGACGAUAGGAGUAGUAAAAGGAUAAAUAAUGGUUCACAGAAUUCGUCAGGUUCGUCGGAAAAAAGCGAAAUUUAUCAGAAAAACAAAAUGCUGGCCUCACUUCUGGAAAAUCCGACGCCGACGCCGCCAUCGAUACCGCCCAUUCCGGCCAGCGUGAUCUCAGCUACACCUCAGGAAAAACUGCCCAGAGUCGUAACCGAUCCUGCCAAACUGAUUCCGGUCACAAUGAAUCAGGGAAAUAUGCGACCUGGCCGGGCACGACAACAACCGGUCGCAUUUUCCAGACCACUCGGUGCAGCCAAUCCGCCCAAUUUCAUAGACCAUAUUUGGAUCGAAAACAACAACGACCCAGUACUUUCGGCUAUCUUGGAUGACUUUAUAGACUUUGUGCCGGACAGGAACAUUUUGCUGUCCGAAUCUGGCCAGGAAGGACAACCGACCAAUAGUUUCCAGCUGAGUGAAUCCGCUGCCAUCAACAAUAUCCAGAAGAUUUUGAUGGAAGUUGAGGAUUCGGUACCAUCUCCCAAUGUUUCUUUACCUGCCAGACCACCAGCCUACAGUACUAAUAACAAUUUGGGUUAUCCUCCACCUCCAAACUACCAUCAAGGAAAAUAUCCAAGACCGAUGGGCGUCCGGGCUGGUGUUCCACAAUACACAAAUCCCCAACAACAACUUCAUCUCGAACAGCAAAGGAAAAUACAGCACCGCGAAGCCGAAGAACAAAAGAGGCGUUUGUUGCAACAACAGGAGCAACAGCAACUGGUGAUUUUGUCCAAUAACGCUUCGGCCAGUAUUAAUCCGACCCAAACUUUCGACAGUCUUCUCAACAAUACGGUCGCUCCAAAUGUAACCUUGCAACGCUCUAGUAGUAUACCAGAGUCGCAACUGUCUCCUGGUUACAACAACCAAUUACAAGGUUCUAAUUCGCUGUCUCAAUCGAACCAAAGAGGAGUGCAAUCCAACCGCCAACAACAACAACAACCUUAUUCGCCUCAGAACUUUCAACCUCAAACCACUGCCGCUGGGAAUUAUAGCCAGCAACAACGUUUAUCUCCACAGUCUCAGUACAAUUCUCAAUUGUCGCCAAGACAAACUUACACAACUCAGGGCAACGGAACUGCUGGCGGUUCCAAUUGGGCGCAACAGCAACAAAGAUUAACCGUGCAAAAUCCUAUGCUAAACGCCCAACUGACUGGCACUCUAACAGGGCGUGGCAAUUUUCAGAGACCACCCUCGGCUCAACAGUCGCAACAACAGAGGGCGCUGAAUAGUCCCGGCGGUAAUACCAGGCAUUCGCCGUUUGGCGGGGACCAAUUUGCUCCGCCCUCCUCGCCUACUGCGGCUUUCAACCAGAAUCAGUACCUGCAAAGAUUGCAGAGGGCCAAUUCCGUUCCUACUACCAGUUCUCAGAUGACAGGUGGUCUGGGUUCGCCCAGAUCGUACUCGGGCCAAGCUCCACCGCACUACCCACCCACCCAUCUCCAAUCCAUACCCCAAAAUCCUAUGCUAUACGGGGCGCAGACGCAACACCAGGAUUCCCCCUAUAAUUGCUACGAACAGCAGCAGCAACCGCCCAAUUUGGGCUACGAGCGCAGGGGUGGCGCCCAACAUCUACAGCCUGGUGUUGCCGGUUCGAAUCCGACCUCGGAAUUUGUCAGACAAGAAUUGCGCGCAGUAGUCGGAGCGCGCACCGCGCAGCAACAGCCGGCGGGCGGACAAAGAUCGGGUCCGACGCCUGCGCAACAAUUGCAACAGCAACUGAACCAAUCGGGCACCGUCGAUUUGGAAUCGUUGGGCCUCAGUUUCGAAAUGGCUUCCGGUGCGAGUGAAAGCCCGAAACUUUGGGGCGCGAUGGGGUCAGAACUGGGCUCAAUGUCUCCGCAGCCGGCCACUUCCAGGACUACUAUGGAGGAAGGACGGCAAGGUGAUCACACUAAGACCUCGUUGCUGCAACAAUUGCUAUCGGAUCAGAGUAAAUAAAGUGUCUUUGGUGUUAAACAUGUGUUUUAGAAAGAAUCUGUCUUUGUAUAAUAAUUGUUAAGAUGCCACUAAAUAAUUAUAACCCUUACUAACUUACUAUCAAGAUGUUAAUGAUUUCUAUUAUAAUGUCUAUAAUAGUAUAUGUGAACCAAAGAUGUCGUGUAUACGUAUGUGAUCCUGUUGUCAACCGUAUUAAGUAUAUAAAUAUUUUUCAUUGAUUGCUCAUUAUGUGAUUGUACAUUUUUUUUUUCUUUUAAGUAUAUAGUCUUUUUUUUUUUAAAUCUGGCAGAUGCAACUAAAACACUUGUUCUCUUUGAGAUAUUUUAUUAUGAAUAAUAAUAAUUGUAACCCUAGAAGUUAUCCUGUUUUAUGUUUUAGUUUUUAUUUUUACUAUCUGUCGAUGAGGGUGCAGAAUUUGGUGCGAUUUAAAUGGCAAGAAUUAUUUGUUUUUAGGGUAAUUGAAAUGAGAAAAUCAGAUUUUUAUUAAAAAGUUUAUUGAGUAGUGGUAUUUCACCAGCCCACUUAUGCUACACCUCUCAUGUCUCUUUACAGUGCCAGACUAGAGUCAAGCUCAAUAGGGUCUUCUUUACCCGCUAAUUUGCCCAAGUCGGUUCCCUUGGCAGUAGUUUUGCUAAAUAGUGGGUAGGGACAGUGGGAAUCUCGUUACCUAAUCCAUUCAUGCGUGUCACUAAUUAGAUGACGAGUUCUUGCAGCAAAAAUAUUGGUAUCUGAUGUGAGUCGGGACUAGUCAUUGUAGGAGCCCUUUUCACUAAUUUUGUCGCGCCAGCUUUUAAGCGUUUUUCUAAAUACUUCACCAUAGCUAAAGCAUUAGUAUGCCCAGUACAGUCAACAGCAUAAUUAAUGUUUUUCGCAUGAAGUUGACUGUAUUUCUUUCUCAAGAGAGGGUAAAUUUUCCUUACUUAUGUUUAAACAAGUCAAUUUUCCAGAAUUUUUCCUGGAGUGAUUUUUCACUGUUACCUAUAAUGAUUUUCUUAGUUUCCUCUUUCUCCUGGAAAAAAUUCAAAAUUUUCCCUUUCCAGUUUUUUAGAAAAAAACUAAAAUGUAAGAUGGUGAAUUUUCCUAAAUUUUGCUUAAAUAAGUCAAUUUUCCAGACUUUUUCCAGGAGUGAUUUUUCAUUGGAAAAUUUUGAAAUUUUGUUAAAAUGAGCUGCUCACCUUCCUCUUUCUCCUAGAAAAAUUUCAAAAAUUUUCCUUUCUCCAGUUUUCCAGAAAACAAUUAAAAUGUAAGAGGGUGAAUUUUUUUAUAAUUUUGUUUAAAAAAGUCAAUUUUCCAGAUUUUUUUCCUGGAGUGAUUUUUCACUGGAAAAUUUUGAAAUUUUCUUUUAAUGAACUUCUCACUUUCCUCUUGCUCCAGGAAAAAUUUCAAAAUUUUCCUUUCUUCAAUUUUCCAGAAAAAAAUUAAAAUGUAAGAGGGUGAAUUUUUUUUAAUUUUGCUUAUAAAAAAGUCAAUUUUCCAGAAUUUUUCCUGGUGUGAUUUUUUACUGGAAAAUUUUAAAAUUAUCCAAGAAUGAACUCCUCACUUUUCUCUUUCUCCUGGAAAACUUUCAAAAUUUUUCCUUCACCAUUUUUCCAAGAAAAAAAAUUAAUUUACAAAAGGCUGCAUUUAGUUUAAAGAAAACUGGGAAAAUCCUGGAAAAUUGGAAAAUUUAUGGAAAAAAAAGUUGGUUUCGGGACUUUUUGGGAUAUCCUCUACAAAAUGGCUAUCUUGAAAUUUCGAAAUUUUGAUUUUGAUUUUUGACCCUAUACCUACACACACAGGAAAUUCUGAAAAUUACGAAAAUUGCAACUUCAACCGUAUAUAGCUCUGUAACGGUGAGUCCUAGAGGAAAACUCUCCAAGGGCAGAUUGUAGAGCUCCUCGAGAUCUACAUAUAUAUUGUAUUUGGAAACAAAUUGCGAAUUUCCAUUUUGAUUUUUUGAGGGAAUUUUUUCAUUAGGGUUUGGUCCAAUGUUUUUUGGAUUUUGAAAUUUCAAACAGUCAUAACUUGGAAGUUAUGAGUCGUAGAGAAAAACUUUUCAUAUGAAAAUUGUAGCUCUCAAUAUAUACUACAAAAUUGCUAUGUGAGUUUUUCCUCUACGACUCACCAUUUUUGAGUUAUUUGAGUUUGAAAUUUUAGUUGAAAUUUCAACUUUGAGGCUCAAUAACUCUAGAACGGUAAUAAUCAUUGAGAUUGAAAAUGAAUUUGUUGGUAAUUCAAUGGAACUUUAUUCAUUCAAAUCAAUCCAGGCUUUCCAGAGUUAUGGCUGAUUUAGUGGGGCCAUGUCAAGUUGGUAAAUUCCAAAUACAAUUUUGGAAUUUCGUUCUCGAAUUUUUUCCGAGCUUAGGAGGUCUCAAAUGAAAAAAUGCCAAGAGGUAUUUGAUGUGAUAGGAUGCAAUAUUGCUUUUUCUCUUAGAAUUUUCGAAAAAACCCACUGGAUCUAGAAGCAUUCCUAUAAACUGUUCCACGUUAAAUUCCGAUUUCCAAAAAUGACACUCUGAAAUAAUUUUUGCCUCAACUCCGGUAAUUUUCAUCCGAUUUCAAUGUAAUUGAGCCCUUAUUGAAGCAAAUCAAAUUCUUCACAAACCUUGUUAAUUGAGAUUAUAAUUUGGUUUCAACAGUCUUGCACCUGAGAAAAUUCAAAAUUGAAAUUAUCGAACACGAAGACAGUUUUUGCUCACAGCUUCGUUAAUUUACAUCCAACUCAUAAAAAAUACAUUCCGAGAAAAAUAAAUAAUUCUUGCCUCUAAAAUUGAACCAAUUUUUUUAUCGUAAAGUUGUACAUAUAAGAUUUGAAAAGAAAAUUCUACUAGGUACCUCAUUCGUCAAGGCAGUUUCUGUCACUUUUCUCGUUCGAAAUUUGUUGUUACCAAAAAUAAAUAAUAUUUCGAAAAUGAAAAGUAUCGGGAACAGCCUCAAGUACCGCAGGCUGUAAUCUAGACAGGUUAGCUGUAUCGAAAAGUGCAUUACUACAUGAAAUUGCUUGUUGUAUAAUUUUUUUUUUUUUUUAAUAGAAAGGUAAUGCGUUAGCAAAACAUAGAGCUCGAGAGUGCAAUUGUACAUAAAUAUUUUGUGUAUAUUAUUAUUGUGUCUAAGCGCAUUACUGAAAGAAAAAAAAAAAGAUUUUUGAAAAAUAGUAACUGUUAAUAUUUUAUACAUAAUUUAAAGUAUGUUAUUUGAAAGGGAGUCGUUUUUGUUGGACAUUGUGAUAGGCAACCGCCAUGUUACUGUUGCUAGGGUUGAUCCUAGGAAUUAAUUAUUUUUAGUAUAAUAUAAAAAAAAAAUAGCAUUCAUACUUGAUUAUAAUUAUUGUCAAUUACCCCGUCCCACACCCCAAAAUCCUUACCGAUCCGCAAAUCUCUAUAUGAAAAAUUUUAAAAAUUAAAGAAGAGUAAAAGAAUAUGAAUGAACAAAUUGACAGACAAAAGCAUUAUUUAAUUACACAGAUAUUUUUUGUACAUUAUUGGAGUUUUGAAAUAUAUAUAUUGAAUAAAAAUUAAAUAUAAU